AUGAAUCGAUAUUUACAUGUUUUCUAUUUUUUUCAACAGUUUGAUCGAGUGUCUGCCAUCCAUGAGCAAAUUCUGAGAAAGAAGGUAAUAGAGCAUGAUAACCGUGAUCUAUUUCGCGUCAGACGUUUUGGAUUCUGGAUCAAACUCCGACCAGGGAUAAGAGAUUUCCUCCACAAGGCUAGCGAGUUAUUCAACCUGCACAUUAUCACCUUGGGGCGCAAGGAUUAUGCAUAUGCCAUGGCGAAACUACUCGAUCCCACUGGCACUUUCUUUUCCGGGAGAAUCACUUCCAGGGAGGAGGCUCACAUGGGUAAGGAUGGUUAUGUGAAAAAUCUAAACUAUGUCUCGACUACUGUGUCCAAUGUCUUGAUUCUGGACGACACUCCUAGAGUCUGGCCUGACCACCAGAGUAACCUUAUCACGAUUAGCAGGUAUGCAUAUUUUCCUCAAACCUGGCAACAGCAGCAGAUGCCAGUUGGAUUAUCACCUCUAGAAACUGGCAUAGAUACCGAUGACACCCUCACAUUGAUCUUAUCAAUGUUAGAGAAAAUCCAUGGUGAUUAUUCUUUGGCAUAUCAGUCGAUGAGGGAUGUUGAUAUCAGGAGCAUCCUUGCUACUCACCUCAUGCCAUACUCGGCGUCCGAGUCGAACCGGUUGAUCCACCGGCGAGGCUCCACCGGCGGUCGCGCUACGGCGCAGAAGAAAGGGCAGCGUGUUGAUGACUCGGAGGUUGUCGCUCGUGUUCCCUUCCAGGCCGUCUUCCUCGCUGACAGCUUCAACCUCAGGUUCCGCCCCAUCACCCUCGAGCGCCCCAAGGUGCUGUUGCCUCUGGUGAACGUUCCCAUGAUCGAAUACACUCUUUCUUGGCUCGAUUCCGUCGGGGUCGAGGAAGUUUUUGUCUUCUUCUGCUCCCACUCACAGCAGGUGAAGGACUACUUGAAAGAGUCUGAAUGGACGAAGCCUACAUCCAGGUUUUCUGUCACUAAGUCGCAUGACGCCAUUAGUGCUGGAGAUGCGCUCCGUGUGAUAUAUGAAAAAUCUGUGAUACAUGGGGACUUUGUUCUCAUUAGUGGCGAUGCAAUUAGCAAUCUGAACUUAGCUCAGGUCCUCCGCGAACACAAGGAAAGAAAGAAAAAAGAUCCGCUUGCUGUUAUGACAAUGAUCAUUAAACACUCCAAACCAUCAAACUUGACACAUCAAACUCGGUUUGGCACUGAUGAAGUUCUAAUGGCUAUUGAUCCUCAAACAAAAGAGCUUAUUUUUUUUAUGAGGACAAGGUUGCUAUAUAGAUAUCUGCUCUCCAGGAGUCCUCAGUCUUUUUAUGGACAAUUUUGAUUAUCAACAUCUUCGCCGCCAUUUUGUCAUGGGUUUGCUUGUUGAUGAUAUCCUGGGUUACAAGAUUUUUACCCAUGAAAUUCAUUCAAGUUAUGCAGCAAGAAUAGAUAAUUUCAGGAGUUUUGGUACAAUUAGCAAGGACAUACUACAAAGGUGGACAUAUCCUUUGGUGCCAAAUUUUCAAUACUUGGGAAUUCAUCAAAGGUGAAGCUAGAUAGAGAGGGAAUAUACAAAGCAUCUGAUAUUGUUUAAUCACGAUCUGCACGAAUAGGUGUUGUUACCCUGAUUGGAAGUGGAACUACAAUUGGAAACCAUAGUGUUAUAACCAACUCGGUAGUUGGUCAAGGUUGUACACUUGGGAACAAUGUAUGCAUCAAUGGUUGUUAUAUUUGGGAUUAUGUCGUUAUAGAAGAUGAUUGUAGAUUGAAUCAUGCUAUAGUUUGUGAUGGUGUUCAUCUAAGAGCAGGAGUAGUCUUGGAACCUGGAGUCAUUUUAUCUUUCAACGUAAUGGUGCUUAUGCUCAA